CUAACGUUGCGUGCUGUUCGCUUAUUUUAUAUGCCGACGGGUCGAUAGUACCGCAGUGUUGAGCCAUACUUCGUUACCGUCGCACGGGUGGCGUACCAGCUGUUUCGUACCGACAGUUUUGAAAAUCGAACAAAAUUGAAGCCAAAAUGAGUUAUUUGGAGAAGGUGGACCGGUACCUGGACUCCCUUAAAGUUGGGAAAAGUGCAGUGGUAGACUCAUGGUUCAUGAUGUCGAGUCCGAUGCCGAUCCUGUCAGUGAUUGUGGCGUACUUCCUCCUCAUCAGGAUUGGCCCGAGGAUCAUGAAGAACAGGCCCCCGUUGAAGAUGAACAAGCUUCUCACGUACUACAACGCUUUCCAAGUCAUGUUGGCAGCUAUGAUUUGUCUUAAGGUUCUGAGAUUAAAUGUGUUUCGCGAUGGAAUACUUUACGCAGGGUGUCGAUAUCCGUCCCAUACGCAAAACCCAAUGUUGUUAGAUGUGGGCUGGUGGUAUUUCUUCGCCAAAUUCACUGAGCUCCUUGAUACAGUGUUCUUCGUUUUGCGCAAGAAAAAUAAUCAGGUUACUUUUCUGCAUGUGUACCACCACGUGAUCAUGGCUCUCUACGCCUGGAGCUACCUGAAGUUCGCGGCUGGCGGUGAAGGCGCUAUCCUCGCUCUGCUGAACUCCUUCGUCCAUGUCGUCAUGUAUACUUACUAUCUUCUGGCAGGCUUGGGACCGAGGUUCCAGAAGUAUCUGUGGUGGAAGAAGUACGUCACAAAGAUGCAACUGAUCCAGUUUGUGCUGAUGCUGGCAUAUUGCAGCUGGACUCACUUCUCCCCACGUUGUCAAUUCGCCGUCGGAUUCACCUAUUUUAUAUCAGCUAACGUGAUCAUCUUCCUCUUUCUAUUCCUCAAUUUCUAUUCUAAGAGCUACAAGAAACAAAGAGAUGCGGAGAAAGAAAUCAAGGAAGAGUAUGAGAAGGCUAGAAAUGGGGUUAAGAGGAAUGGAGUCUGUCAACCAAAUGGAGUCACAGAAGAAAAAUGUGAGAAAAAAGAAAACGGGUUGUGUGCGGGUGAUAGCAAAGAUAUUCCCAAUCUAGAAGAUAUACCGUACGAAGUAAAUAAGCCUUGUGGUGACUACAUUAAGAAUGGAAAAGUGUUCCUUACAAGACGUACAGCAAAGGCCACUUAUGGCGCGGAAUAUGAUUUCGACAGCAUAAUAAAGAAAUGAUUUUGCGUAGACUACGGCUAGUUGGUUUAUUGAGACUGAUUAUGUGAUGAAGAUGGAAAUUUUAAUUUUGAAUAAGUAGGAUACGUAACGAGGGAUGUUUAGUUGUAAGAUUAGGUUAAAGUUACUUAGUUUUAAUAAGUUAAGCAACUAUAACAAUGACAUUGUCUAAGAAGAUUGUUGCUUCGAUUCAUUCAGAAGAUUGCUAUAGUCGCCUAACUGUAAGUAAAACCAUGUCACUAAAAAUUAUGAGUUCUUUAGGAACGUAAACAUAAAAUGAACUCAAAAACGAUUGGGACAUUAAGAAACUUCUAAGUAUCCAAUAUUAGAAUUAAAUUGUAAAGCACUUUACUACGAGCAGAUUUUUUGAAAAUCAGCAUAUCGUAGGUUGUAUUGCAAAUUAUAAAUUCAAAAAUUGUACCAGUGAGAAUAUGCGCUUUAAAAAAGGAAUAUUUCUUGCCAAUCGCACAAUUUGUUAACUUAAGUAGUAAAUGGGUAAAUUGCCUUUGCUGUAAAUAGUUUGGAUAAAUUGGAAAGUAUUUCCUAAAUCUUUUUCCCUGCAUCCCUAACGGCUUUGGGACCAUCAGCUUUUUAGAUUAGUCUUAAAAAUAAUUGUAGGUAAAAAUUAAAAAAAUCACGAAUCUAUUUCGGUGCAACAGUAACUAGGUGGAAAUUCGCUGGCAAACUUAGCAAAAAGCAAUAUGAAACUCGCAGACAAAAUGUGAUUCUGAUAAAGCUCUUUUUGUAAACU